AUUUUUCGCCGUGGACUGUCAAAUAAGUAAAUUUUUAGGUUGUAUUUUCAUCUAAAAUUCCUCAUUUUUUCGAAGGUUUUUCGUGGAAAAUGGCCAGCGGAAACGAAAUGAAUCCCGAAAACGAAGACGUCUGCGUCGUUUGUUGCAAGAAAAUCACGAUUUUUGCCAUUGGAACUUGCGAUCAUCCCGUCUGUUACGAGUGUUCGACCAGAAUGCGAGUACUUUGCAAGCAAAACGAGUGCCCCAUUUGUCGGAGGGAUAUGCAAAAGGUGAUUUUCACCGAAACCAAAGCUGGGUUUGUUGUAUUAAUGGAGAAAAUUAAUGCAAAGUCGAUCGUUCUCCAAGAAAAAUCGAUUGGAGUUAUUUUCGAUUCGAUUUUUAUACAGAAAUGUUACCAAAAACUUUUAGAGCAUCGUUGUCCCAUUUGUUCUAGUAGAUCGAAUCAACAGCAUUACGACAAUUUUCGUUUUCGAACGUUUAAUGAUUUAAAAGAGCACGUUCGGCGCGAACACGAACUCUUUUAUUGUGAUCUUUGUGUAGCGAAUUUAAACAUUUUCACCUCUGAAAGGCGGUGUUACACUCGACAGGAGAGGGCUACUCACCGUCGGAAAGGCGAUGUCGAUAAUAAAUCGCAUAGGGGGCACCCACUUUGCCAAUUUUGCGACACCCGCUACAUGGAUUUGGACGAAUUAUUUCGGCAUUUGCGCCGAGAUCACUUUUUUUGCCACUUUUGCGACAUGGAAUCCGCCAAUAAUCAAUAUUACAAUAAUUAUGAUGACCUAAGAGCUCAUUUUUUGCAGGAACAUUACCUUUGUGAGGAGGGUAAUUGUCGAAUUGAGCAAUUUACUUCCGUUUUUAAGAGCUUAAUUGAUCUAAAAGCGCAUCAAGCGAGUGUGCAUUCGAAAGAUUUGAGUAAAAACGCCGUGAAGCAAGCUCGAACGGUCGAGGUCGCGUUUACUUUAAAGCCUAGAUUACAAAAAAGUUAUCAAAAAAACCAACAAAGCGAUCGAAAUAAUCAUAACCACGUCGAAAACGGCGCAAAUGACGAAGAAGGGGCGGUCGGGUACGAUAAUUCUCGGUUAAAAUUAAAUAAUUCGAUCGAUUUUCCUUGUUUAACACCCGAAAUGGACGUAAAAAAUACGAUUCAUGUAAAUGUUUCAAAAAAGAAUCGCCCCGAAACGAAUUUAUCGAUAAGAAUGAGCGUCCCAAUGAGCUCAAGCGUACAAAUCCGGCCAAAAUCGAACGAUUUCCCCGCGCUAACUCAAUCAAACUCGAAAGUCGAAACACCUAGGUGGGUAAAUCGGGGAAAAUUGCGUCCAGAAACUUCAAAUGGGGCAAUAUUAAAAGUAAAUCCGAGCGAUUUUCGAAACGAUUUCCCCGCGUUAACGAAAAAAAAGGAUGAGAUCGUAAAAAAACGAUCGACGAUUACGUUAGAGUGUAAUUCCGUUAAAAAAGACGUUAAAAAUGACGCCACCAAAAAGAAAAUUAACGAUAAAGUAAAAAAGAAAAAAAAAUUAAACGAAAACGAACUUAAUUUAACCAAAAAAGUAUCGGAAUUAAAAAUAAACGAGUUAAAAAACGAUCUGAUCAAUAAUAAAGAUCAAAAUAGCGAUGAUAACGCCCCACCGGGGUUUUCGGGGAAAAAAUUAAAACCCCCACCGGGUUUUGAAAGUUACCAAAAUUUACUCCCCUCGGAAAUGACGUUCACGAAUAGUACCGGGCAAUCUUUUUCGAUUCCAACGAAAUCGAGGUAUAAACCGCCGAAAAAUUUCGAAAUGAGAAAUGAGAGUUUAAUUAAAAAUUUAAACGAAGUGAUCAACAAUAACGUAACUAAUAAUAACUCAAAAUCUACAAAGAAUAACUCGAAGAAAAAUUCUGAUUGUAAGACUUCGAUUUUGGAGUUUAAAAGGUUGUCGGCGCUGUUUCGAAACGGCGAAUUCGACGCGAAAAGUUAUUUUGAUUUGUGUUUGUUGAUGAUGGAAUAUAGUUUUGAUGUUUUAUUUCCGGAGUUGUUGAUAUUGUUGCCCGACGUUGGUAAACAAAGAGAGUUAUUUGAUGAGUUUAUGAGGAGGAAGAGUGGAGAUGUUGAUAAAUUGGGGUUGGAGGUUUGUUCGAGAUGUGAUCAAGUUGUGCUGAGGGGGGAUUUGGGGGAGCAUUUGAUGGAACAUGCCUUGGAAAAUGAUUUUCCUGUUUUGAAGGGGAAAUGAUGUUGAAGGGAAUUAUGAGGAUUUUAAAGGAUGAUUUGGAGGAUGGAAUAAUGAGAAUUUUGGAGAAAAUAUUGAAAAAUAAGGAUGGAUUUUUAUUUUCUAAGUUAUUUUUUUUGUCUUUGCUAUGGAGAAUAAAGAGUAUAUUUUUUAGUUGAUUAUUUUUUGUGGGUUUUUAUGUCCGUGUUUCUAUUUCCAAUUCUUUGUAUGAUUCUAUUCGAUUUUUGUUAAAUUUAACUAAAUUUUUUUAUAAAUAUUAAUACAUUCUUAGUAAAUUUUUGCCCCAUAUCAUACAAUUUCAGAAAACGACCAAAAAAUCGACAGUGAGGUAAAUGUGAAGUUUUUAUUGAAUGUGUCUAAAGAGCCAUACGAUUUCCAAGGACAAGAAAUCAUGGAAAAUAAUUACAAGGUAGGUGAACUACUGUCACGUUUAUAUGCCUCGGCUUACUUAGUCCAAACCAAAGAAAUUGUUUUUAUAGAAGCAGUUAUAAACAUUAAAACUUGAAGCCAACGCAACACACGGUUUGUUUACUAACCACCUUUGUCGAUCUUUGUUAACCUUUGUCGAAACCAGUUGAAACAAAGAACGUGCACAGAUCAGACCAUCGGCCGAUUAUCGCCGAACACUCCCGAAUAUUAUUUUAGCCCCUAGAAUAAGACAUACACUAAAAUAACGAAUCCUAUUUGCGAAUCAAUAAAUCUUCAAAGUCGUUCUU